AUGAAGGUUAUGACCAUUUUACAUAAAGCUACCUUAAACAUCCUCAAGCCAAAGCAAUUUUCUUACCAUGUUCCUAUUUGGAAUCAGCAGCAUCGAAAUCUAAUGUCCAGACAGCUGGUUUACAAUGAAUUUGGGGAUCCCUUACAUGUUGUAAAAUAUCGGGAAUGCGAAGUACCGCCUCUUGGAAAGCAAGAAGUGUUGGUUAGAAUGUUGGCUGCACCAGUGAAUCCUGCUGAUAUAAACACGAUACAAGGAAAAUAUCCAGUUAAAGUAAGUCUUCCAUCAAUCCCGGGAAAUGAAGGUGUAGGUCUAGUGGAACAGGUUGGUUCAGAAAUUAAAGAUUUAAACAGAGGUAAAAAAGUUAUCUUGACGACUUCACUACAAGGGACUUGGCGAGAUGUUGGAGUAUUCCAGAGAUCUUCACUUACAGUGGUACCAGAUGCUUUAGGAGAUGUAGAAGCUGCUACAUUAACAGUCAAUCCAUGCACAGCAUUUAGAAUGUUGUGUGAUUUCGUGUGUCUGAAGAAAGAUGAUGUUGUGAUCCAAAAUGGAGGAAACAGUGCAUGUGGACAAAAUGUAAUUCAAAUCUGUAAAGCCUGGGGUGUGAAGACUGUAAAUAUAGUCAGGAAUAGACCGGAAAUCAAUGAUUUGAAAGCAUACUUAACAAGUUUAGGGGCAACUUAUGUGUUUACAGAAGAAGAACUACGUAGUGUUCAAAUUUUUAAAGGGGAAGUUAAGAAGCCUUUGUUAGCGUUGAACUGUGUUGGUGGAAAAAGUGGAGCUCAAUUAUUUAGGUAUAUGGAUCAUGGAGGCACUAUGGUAACCUAUGGUGGAUUAUCCAGAAGUGUUAAAAAAUUCACUUGCUCCACAGGGAUUUGCUGGUUGAAGAUAUAG